UUGUGUUGUUUUAUUUUUACCGUAACAGGCCUCUAUGUACCGUUGGCUGCUAUGUACCACCGGCUGCUAUGUACCAUCCCUGGCUGCUAUGUACCAUCCAUGGCUGCUAUGUACCAUGAUUAUAGCUAUGUAACAUUAUUAUUAAUAUAAUUAAUAAUAAUGUUUAUUUGCUCGCCACGGAAAUAGAGAAUAGAGCAAAUAGAGCUCUGCUCAUUAUUUGCUUCGAAAAGGGCAACUUGGGAACUCCAGUGGAUCUACUCACUGUUUGCUUCGAAACUCCAGUGAACUUGCUCAGUAUUUGCUUCCUAACUUCAGUUAUCCUUUUUAUACUACCAUGGCAUCAGCACUUUUCCUUUGGUCAGGAUGUGGAUUGUGUGUUUGCCCUUGACAGGAAGCCCUUAUCUGUGACGGAUGCAACAAGUGCUUCCACCGCUUAUGUGGUACAGCAAUUUCACAGCAAAUAGUAUUAUUGUAUGCAGUUUUAAUAUGUUUAUGCUUUUGUGUUAUCUUUUAAUGAAGUUUCAUUACUUUUAUAUCAUGUGUUUUUAAUUUUUUCUUAUAAUAAAUAUUUUAUCUUCCUACUAGGUAUCUGGUACAUAACAGCCUUGUUUGGUACAUAUAAGCCAAAGCAGUGGUACAUAGGAGCCGGUACAUAGCAGCCCAACAAUGGUACAUAUAAGCCAAAGCAGUGGUACAUAGGAGCCGGUACAUAGCAGCCGACGGUACAUAGCAGCUAGCAUUCAUUUUUACAGGGUGUGCCGAUACGAAGGCCUGACUCUCCAACGGGUCACCUGUACAGCAAGAGCAAGAGCCAAUGUUUACUAACACAGCCCGUCGUGUAAACAGACAGGGCGUCCGCGGCUGUCCGGCGAGAUGGCAGCAAAGUUACAAGGCCAGCUACGCUUACGAUUGGCAAAGUUCCGGGCUGAGAUGGACACCAUCGCCUGGUCACUGCUGCACGGCGAGUACCCGCUGGGCAUGACGAUCAAUCAGAAGAGAAACCUGAGGAGACAAAUGUUAAGCUUCAGGGUGAUAGAUGGGAAGUUAUAUUAUCGAAAGAGGGAUUGUUGGGUGGAGGUUCUUACUACAGUGGAACAAGUGAAUGAGGUCAUGCAACUUCACCAUGUGACAGAUGGGAAACAUAGGGGUAUUGUCAACACAAGGAAAAUGAUUUCUGCCAAAUACUAUUGGUCUAACAUGACGGAGGAUAUUACGGGCUAUAUAUCAACUUGCUCGACGUGCCAGUCACGUGAAGCUGCUGGGACACACGUUUAUUUCCAGGGUCAACAAGAACAGGAUCAACAAGAAGUGCCUCCCCCGAUGGAUGCUGUGGCUGUGCCUCACCCGAUGGAUGCUGUGGCUGUGCCUCACCCGAUGGAUGCUGUGGCUGUGCCUCACCCGAUGGAUGCUGUGGCUGUGCCUCACCCGAUGGAUGCUGUGGCUGUGCCUCACCCGAUGGAUGUUGUGGCUGUGGAUCUGAAUGAAAUGCCUGAAGAUUGGUCUGAGGAAGACACGUACAAGUUUGUGAUGCUAUAUAAGGAGCAUGAGUGUUUGUGGAACAUGCAUGGUAGAACAUUCCAGGUCAGGAAGGCAAGACAGAGAGCUCUCAAUGACAUACGUGUGAAAAUGGAAAUGAAUAACUUUGGGAUAUAUGAUGUCAAACAGAAAAUUAGAAGCUUAAGGGUAACAUUACAGCAAGAACUGAAUAAAGUAAAAAAAUCUGAAGAAUCAGGUGCUGGCACACGAGAUGUGUACAAGCCUGCAAUGAAAUGGUUUCCAAUAAUGAAAGACCUCAUGGAUCACGGACAAAAGAGACGAAAGUCUCUCAAAAAAUUGGAUAAAGCAGCUGAUGCACCAGAGCAGAAGAACCAUGGCAUCAUAUUACAAGCCUUGCAGCAUAAGGCUGAUGAGGCACCAGAGCAGAAGAAACAUGCCAUCCUACUUUAUACCUUGCAGGAUAAAACAGCUAAUGCACCAGAACAGAAGAACCAUGCCAUGAUACUUCGUGGCUUGCAGGAUAAAGCAGCUAAGGCACCAGAAUGGAAAGACUGUGGCAUUCAAAACGAUACAGAAAGUGAUUCUACCCUUUCCGCGCACUCCCCUCUACCUGCAGACAUUAAUGGGAAUUCAAAUCCAGUUGUGUCUAUGCAGCAAGAAGGAUCUAGCAAACCAAUCAGUGAAAUAGUAGCAGCCUUAAAGGAGCUUAAAGAGCUAAAUAAAGCCAUCAAUAAUCCUAAACUAGUCGAUGAUGAGUGUGAAACAUUUGGAAGACACAUCGCAGCUCAGUUAAAAAAACUAAACCCUGAAAACUGCAUCAUGGCUCAGGAGGACAUACAGCAGGUGUUGACGAGGUACAGGCGCGCAGAACUCUCAUCCAACAACUCGGGUUCUGCGCCACCUUGA